GUCUGUGCGCUAGCCAUCUCACUCUCGCCUGUCUUAUAACCGAGUCACAUACGUUCCCAUUGCUCGGGUCCUCUCCUUCUAAGAUCGCCGUCUCAAGAACUGGGCUAGAAUUUCUGUGAGGAAUCCUACGCAGCUGCGCGACAAGCAGCCGGCGGGUGUGGAUCUGCUGGUAUGCUUCCUCUCUUGACCUGGUAGUUGGUUGUUUCUUGGUCGCUUUUUCUCGCAACUCACUGCCAUCUGUACCGAUCUGGCCAAGUUUAAUCCGCCAUUUCAUCAGCGGAAUCAAAUCAGUGUGAGUCAGUCAGCCACCAUAGCGAUCAUGGAGGUGGUCUCUUGCAGCCACUCCUGCUUGGCAUUACAUCAAACACCUAGAAGUGCCUGGAGGCUUCGGGGCAGUGGCCUUGGUCUGGGGCAUGGCAAGCCUCACCGGCCAAGGAGGAGUGCAGUUCUUUGUGUUGGAACCACAAGAGGAGCAUCAAUUCCAGGUGAUUCUGGCAAUGUUCGUGCCAGUCAAGGGUUCUCUGUGAGUGAUGUGGAUGCAGCCCUCCAGGGCAUUCCUUCCCAGAAGGCCGGGGAGGUUGAGAAGGUAAUGAUUCAUGGCCUCCCGGAAGGGCCAGAUAGCUCUCCAAUCAGUACUGGGUUCUGGGAAUGGAAGCCAAAGCUGACAGUGUACUAUGAGAAGUCCGGCACGGAGAAUAGUAAAGCACCCGCCGUGCUCUUUCUGCCGGGGUUUGGAGUCGGGACAUUCCAUUAUGAGAAGCAACUGAGGGAUCUCGGACGCGACCAUAAGGUGUGGACAAUGGAUUUCCUAGGGCAGGGCAUGUCGUUGCCGUGUGAGGACCCUGCUCCUAGUAGCAUAGAAGAUGAACAGAGCAAUGAGGUGUUCUGGGGGUUUGGACAAGAUUCACAGCCUUGGGCAGAGGAGUUGGUGUACUCUAUAGAUUUGUGGCAUAAACAAGUUCAGCAUUUCAUUGAAGAGGUUAUCCGUGAACCAGUUUAUAUUGUGGGGAACUCUCUUGGAGGUUUCGUUGCUCUUUAUUUUGCUGCAUCAAAUCCACAUCUUGUAAAAGGUGUCACGUUGCUUAAUGCAACACCAUUUUGGGGAUUCCUUCCUAACCCUGCUACAUCUCCUCGGUUGUCAAAAAUUUUCCCUUGGGCUGGGACUUUUCCUCUUCCAUCAUUUGUGAGGAAACUUACUGAAACAGUAUGGCAGAAGAUAAGUGACCCGAGCAGUAUCCAGGAUAUACUCAAGCAAGUAUAUGCUGAUCACUCAACAAAUGUGGACAAUGUAUUCUCUCGUAUUAUAGAGACAACACAACACCCAGCAGCUGCUGCAUCAUUUGCCUCCAUUAUGUUUGCUCCGAGGGGUCAGAUAUCCUUCCAAGAGGCACUCUCUAGGUGCCAAAGCCAAGGCAUUCCCAUAUCUCUUAUGUAUGGGAGAGAAGAUCCUUGGGUUAGACCUAUUUGGGGUAUCAAAGUCAAACAGCAGGUGCCUGAAGCACCUUAUUAUGAAAUCAGCCCUGCUGGUCACUGUCCUCAUGAUGAGGUCCCUGAGGUAAUAAACUACUUACUCCGUGGGUGGCUGAAGAACCUCGAGUCCGAGGGUUCAAUCAACCUGCCGUUUCUUGAAGAACCCAGCUAUGCUGAGCAUGGUGUAUCGAGGGAGCUGGAGUUCGUCAGAGAAGGAUCGAGAAAAUCAGUUAGUGUGCGGCUGUAUGGUUCCAAAAUUUCGUUGUGGAGCCAACUGAGCUCAUUCUUGAACACUAAUGUCUCCAACUCACGGGUUGUCUCUAGAUGAUUCAUCCUUACAAGUUCAUUAGAUAUUGAAAGUUAGAAGCUCCGAUUGAAUAUUGUAUUUAUUACUUUAUAAAAUUAGUCAGGUCGUCUAGUUGUAGUAAAUACAGUGUUUUGAGAUUUUUUAGUGAAUGUAAAUAUGUGCAGUACAGAGGUAGCUUCAAUCUUGAUGUUGGUGAUAUGCACUUCAGACAAUCGUGGAGAUUGAAUAAUGUGUUAUUUUGUUCUAUGGAUAACUAUCAUUUAUAUU